AUGCCGUUUCUAGCAGUACCCGCAUGGGCCGCUAACCAAGAUGGACACGAGGAAGCGCGAGACGGAAGAAACUCGCUGGCGCAACUAGCACCGCCGACACUGGCACAGAGCAGCUUUGCAAUGGACAUCAGCCCUAGCCCCGGGAUGGGAGGCCUUGACUCGUUCUUGUCAUUCGGUGGAGGUUAUGCCCGCGCCAAUGCGACACCGUCAGGCCAUCGCCGUAGUGCAGAAAUGUUUCGUCGUUCGGGUGCGGUGUUUACUGCAGCAGGCAGCUGCGCCAACAGCUCUGCUGCGUUCCCGUAUGUCUUCGCUAAAGGUGCCGAAAAAGAAGCGACGAAAUUCGCCACGCAUCCGAUACUACAUACCUUCGCGGGUAGUAUCCACGCGACACUCAAUAGCGAGCUCGGCAUCAAGAUGCUCUAUGGUCUGGCGUUGGCGCCACGGUCGAACGAGAUCAAGCCAAAGCUGCCACUAGAUCACGAAUCGAGCAAUCAAAACCAGCACGCGGCUAACAUUAAGGCUAAGUCUGUUACUCUUACUGCUACCGUUCAGUUUGUUCAUGAUAGUAUGCUACUUACUUCUUGCGCCCGUGUAGAUCGUCUUCAAGCAUGAUCUUCCUGUACUAGCAUAAGUAGAUAUUGUCACGCCGUAUGAGGAUGGAUAAGAGGCUUGAAGAUGAACCAGAUUGCAGUAUGUACAGCUUGCUCCUCUAAUCCUCACAACAUGAUCAAGAUAUGGGACAAAGAACACAGUAAAGGACUGGUUUUGCGGGAUGGAUUCGUGCCUCACCAGAGGAGUUUGCCGCUAGGGAGCAAGAACAGGGAAGAGAUUUUGGCAAAUCUGUUGGGCAAUAGAACCCGCCUGGACUUCCAUCAAGAUCGGCACUUUUUGAGUACUGGUCUACCAGCAAGCUCGCCGGUCCGCUUUCUUUUAUGGCUUGCUUCAAGAAGCUGAAACGCAGCGCGUGUUUACCGAAUACGAUCUCAAGUACAAGUUACUAGAUCAGGUUCUAUUCUUUCGCCCUCUCACUCUAAUCUCUUUGGAGCUCUUUACGAAAGGACGGCACCUGACGCAUGAACUUGAGGCGAGCCCGAUGGGGCAGGUGCUUGGCUAUGUGGGCAGCUAAGAUCGUCGUCGCAAAGCAGGUGCAGGAGUGCUUGGGAAGGGAAGAAGAAAGCCGGAGUGACUAGUGAGUACUAAAUUAUAUCAUCAAUCUAACUAGUGCUUGGCAGUAACUUCGUCAUCGUUUCGUCCAUAUGGAAGAGAUACGAGGAAAUAGAGCAUUCUUCAACACAAAUAAUCUCGAUGUCUGCGGCAGAAGGAGAAGAAAAAUUGAAGUAGUUUUAUAUAUGAAUAUGAUCUAAGUUGUAGCAACAUCAUCCAUCAUGAUCAUUCUCGAAGCUGCUGUUGAUUUUUAUUCUUAUUAAUUUCUAAAGUCAGUGACAGUGUCGCAAACAAAACUCUUAUAUGUAGUAAGUCAAAGCAAGUUUUUCAACUACGACUGACUUUUUUAUUCAUCUAAAUACUGAUUUCUAGACCGAAUUGCUGUUCAUCUAGUACAGGGUGCUGCUGUAGUAUGUUGUGAACUCUUUUUUCGACGCGAAUUUCUUUAAGACUCUAUCAGCCUCCAACGUUAUGAACUGCUUGUUGUGCGAUGUUGCGUAACACAAUGUAGAGCAGUAUUGAAAGAAGUCCCAUUCAUCGUAUAUCGGAUUUACUGUUGUCUCUUACUUAACAAUAUUAUCGUAAAAAUCCCCUCUAUCUUUUAGUCGUUGGUCAAAAAAAAUCAUAUCGUUGGUCGAUCCUCUGAUCUUCUACUCGAUGACGUGACUCCAAAAUCAAAAGGCAUCCUUUCAUCUUAGAAAUAGAAGUACUGACUCUCCUAGUCAUUUUAUGAAAGAAGAAUCAUCACCAAGAACGUCACCUCCUAGUAUUCCUUCUUAGUCUCGUUCUGAAUAAUUUACAUUUUUUUCUCGUCUCGGGAUCCAUUGGUUCGGCGCAUAGAAGUACUACAGUAGAUUUUCAAAGAGUAGGAUUAGGUUUAGGAACGUUCUCAACAAGCGGGCUUCCGUUUGUGAGAGCUCUUUCGAAGCAGAGAGCUCUCAAGAAAGUAGAACUGAUAGAAAAACUGACUCAAGAAAGCAGAAGUGAUAGAAAUAGAAGUACUGACUCAUAUACUCUACUAAUGGUUUUAUCAAAGAAGAAACACCUCCACUAACGUCACCUAAUUGUAUUCCUAUUUUCCAUUUUUUUCUCGUCUCAGGCCUAUGAAUGAUCGAAUCCUCAAGCAACGAUCCUCCUCAUGAAAGCCAAGUAUCGUACGGUAUUGCUG